AUGGCCUUGGUGGAGUUGAUGGGAAGGAAGAGGAGGCGCAAGGAGGAGUGCAAGCGCAUGAGAGGGUUUGGAAAGAAGGGAGAGAAGAACGUGCAAGGCAAAGAGAGCAGCGGGAAAAGAAGUGAAGCCUCGGGUGGGGAAGCAGCAGGAAAAGAAGUGAAGGCUCGGCGGCGAGCAGCGGGGGGUGGAGAGCAGAGGAACGGGCACAGUGGCCAGGAGGGCAGCGGUGGAGUGCAUGGGCAGCAGGGGAGAGCAUGGGCAGCAGGGGAGUGCAUGGGCAGCAGGGGAGUGCAUGGGCAGCAGGGGAGUGCAUGGGCAGCAGGGGAGUGCAUGGGCAGCAGGGGAGUGCAUGGGCAGCAGGGGAGUGCAUGGGCAGCAGGGGAGUGCAUGGGCAGCAGGGGAGUGCAUGGGCAGCAGGGGAGUGCAUGGGCAGCAGGGGAGUGCAUGGGCAGCAGGGGAGUGCAUGGGGCAGCAGGGGAGUGCAUGGGCAGCAGGGGAGUGCAUGGGCAGCAGGGGAGUGCAUGGGCAGCAGGGGAGUGCAUGGGCAGCAGGGGAGUGCAUGGGCAGCAGGGGAGUGCAUGGGCAGCAGGGGAGUGCAUGGGCAGCAGGGGAGUGCAUGGGCAGCAGGGGAGUGCAUGGGCAGCAGGGGAGUGCAUGGGCAGCAGGGGAGUGCGUGGGCAGCAGGGGAGUGCAUGGGCAGCAGGGGAGUGCAUGGGCAGCAGGGGAGUGCAUGGGCAGCAGGGGAGUGCAUGGGCAGCAGGGGAGUGCAUGGGCAGCAGUGGAGUGCAUGGGCAGCAGUGGAGUGCAUGGGCAGCAGGGGAGUGCAUGGGCAGCAGGGGAGUGCAUGGGCAGCAGGGGAGUGCAUGGGCAGCAGGGGAGUGCAUGGGCAGCAGGGGAGUGCAUGGGCAGCAGGGGAGUGCAUGGGCAGCAGGGGAGUGCAUGGGCAGCAGGGGAGUGCAUGGGCAGCAGUGGAGUGCAUGGGCAGCAGGGGAGUGCAUGGGCAGCAGUGGAGUGCAUGGGCAGCAGGGGAGUGCAUGGGCAGCAGGGGAGUGCAUGGGCAGCAGGGGAGUGCAUGGGCAGCAGUGGAGUGCAUGGGCAGCAGUGGAGUGCAAGGGCAGCAGGGGAGUGCAAGGGCAGCGGUGGAGACAAUAG